AUGGUAACCGUAGUGAUUCCCAAGGGGCAAAAGGAUGCCAAAACAUCUGCAAAACAACCCACACAAAGAAAACGGAAGUCGCCAAAAGUCACCAAAAAGGACAAGAAAAAGCAAGGGUCUCAGCAACAAAAAUCGAGCCGAAAACAAGUUCUUCCGUUGAAAGGUGUUGUUCUUUCCAUAUCGACCUUGAAUGAUAGCAAAGGCAACACUGGUGGAGAAGUAAAUUACAGUUCUGCGGCGCAGCUGUGUCGUGAUCUUGGAGCCGAAGUCUUGGGGCAAGUUGGAAAGCGAGUCAAGUACAUGAUCUGCACCAAGUCAGCAGUGGAGCAAGCAACUCAACGCGUUCGAAAGGCGCACAAAAAGGGAAUCCUAAUAGUCAACAUUGACUGGUUGGAAAAGUGCAAGCAAGAAAAGAAAUUGUUAAGUGUGGAAAACUAUCUCAUGGAUGAAGAAGCGAAAGUUGCCAUUGAGUCGCGACAGAAAAAGCAAGACAAAACUGCGAAUGAUGAUGGCGGUAUAGAGGUACCUCCAGACGAUGCAGGAUGGACAGAAGCUAUUGCAUUGGGAUGUUGUUGCGUUUGCCACGAGAAUAGAACAGCAAAUGAAUGUCAAUGGUGCAAGGAUCUACCUUGCGCUAAACAAUGA